AUGCAGGAGGAUAUUUUUCUUCUCUGUUAUUUUACACUUUCCCCCUUUUUCCCUAUUCCAGGGGAUGAGGCCUGGAGGAGCACUGGCUUGUAUGUCUCUCCAUGGAAACAGGCAACUGUCUGUGUGCCCUCCGCUGUGGUCGGGAAAGGCUGGCAGGUGCAGGUGGGCUGUCACACAGAUGAUCUGAGUCGUCUCAAUGAGCUAAAACGGGCGCCUGUGGUAACCUGUCGCUUCAGCAUCACGGCAGAGAGGGUGCCGGUGUCCAGCCUGUGGGGAGGCCUGCUCUACGUGAUCGUGCCCAGAGGCAGCCAGCUGGGCCAGGUGGAAAUCACUGUGGAGGAUGCUGUCAUGGCCCCCUUCUUCCGGCUCGGCGAGAGCAGUGUGUCGCAGUGGCGGUCCUCGGCGCGCCACUGUCCCGCUCCCUGGGCGGAGCUGGAGGCCGACAGCGUGAUCCUCACGGUCCCCUCGGACAGCGUGUGCAGCCUGGACGACCCCACCCCCUUGCUCUCGCUCUGGAACAGGAUCACCAAGGGCGUCGCCAAGCUGGCGGCCACAGCGCCGCGCUUUCCCCGACAGGAGCGCAUCGUCGCGGACGUGCAGAUCUCCGCGGGCUGGAUGCACUCUGGCUACCCCAUCAUGAUUCACCUGAAGUCUGUGAAGGAGAUUGCUGACCUGCAGCACAUGAAGGAGGCAGGCAUGUGGGGCCCCAUCCAUGAGAUGGGUCACAACCAGCAGAGAGAACUGUGGGACAUCCGGCCCCACACUACCGAGGCCACCUGCAAUCUGUGGUCAGUCUACAUCCACGAGGAGGUCCUGGGCAUUCCCAGACACAAGGCCCAUGAGGAGCUGAGACCUCACACCCGGAAGAACAGAAUCAAAGACUACGUCAGGAAGGGGGCCACGCUGGAACACUGGCAUGUGUGGACUGCUUUGGAAACCUACUUGCAGCUUCAGGAGGGCUUCGGCUGGAAGCCCUACAUGCAGCUGUUCUCCGACUACCAGGAAAUGUCCGGCACCGGACUGGACAACAAGGGGAAGAUGAACCUGUGGGCGGAGAGGUUUUCCCUGCAGGUGAAGAGGAACCUGGCGCCCUUCUUCCGGGCCUGGGGCUGGCCCAUCGAGGAGCCGCUGGCUGCCAAGCUGGCUGCUCUGCCCGCGUGGGAGGAGAACCCCAUGAGCAGCUACGCUUGAACUCCAGAAAGGGCUCAGAGGCCCUGCUGUGGUCUAACACAGCUGCGCGCGGGGACUGCCCUGCUACUCAGGUGACACGAGCUCAGGAUGAUUAAACCCGCAGAAUCAGGCAGGCUCCUCUUUCUUAUAAUCCAUCACAUUCUGUAUCACUUUGUGAACUAUUCCACUCAUGAAACAGAAGGCGCAUCGUCAUUAGAAAUCAAGAUGUAUUUGUUCAGGAUGAAUAAAACCUGAAAACCUGGGCUUUGUGUGAAUUCCCUUUCCCUGUCAUUGGACGUCUCUCGACAAGUCAAGUGACUCCCCUCCAAGGCUCUGUGUGAAGAUGAACAAGACUCUGCCGGAGGGUUUCCGGUAGACAUUGACUUUGCUCUCCGGUGCAGUCGCUCUCGGACUGCUGUCCACACCUGACCAGGCUGUGUAUUGUAAUGUCGCCGCUAAUAUGCAUUUAUACCUGCUUUCCUUGCACAGAGGCAAGGAAGCACAUGGGGAGGGAGAGAAUUCAUGUGGAGCUGGUUUCAGGAGAGCUGGCAUUUAAACGCGAUUGGGAUCUGGUGCCUGUAGUGCAAUGACAUGGCGGUGGGAUGGGUUAGGAGGAGAUCAAGUUAACACACAUAGAGAUUCCCCUUUCCGUUCCCUGACCCUUCUUAUGCUCACUCAUUUCCUAGGUGUUAUCAGCAAAUGGCUCUUUCUCCCUCUGAAUUAAAGGUGUUGUUGCCUGAAUCCCUGUCUUUAGCAAUGGGUAAUUCCAUAUUGGAUGGGUAUAUCAUUGGAAAAAAACAAACAAGCUGGCAAUUCCCAAAUUGAUUAAAUUAGUACUAUUAGCACAGCAGUGUGGUUGGUGGGCUUUCUAUGAUACCUCCACUCCCCUAGGUGGCAGGCUUUGAAUUUGUGUAACUCUAGCAUGUGCUCUGUUGUCUUGCAUUUCAAGAGCAACACUUCCUCCUGCCCACAGAGUUACCCGCUUGGCUUAUGUGCCACAACCUCAUCUAUGGGGACCUGAUAUUGUAUUGCAAAUAAGGUUAAAGAUAGAGUUUAAAAUUGUUCAUAAGUUUUAUCCAGUUAAAACAGCACUUUCUAAAUUUAAGCAUGAGCAGGACGAUUUGUGUCUUUUUUGUGUGACGUUGUUUUGGACGGGCUUGCAGAGUUUUUUUUGUAGGCAUUUAAAGGUGUUUUUUUAGAUUUAAGGAUUUUGAUAUUUUGUGGUAUUCAGAAAAUUUGGGGGAAAAAGCAAUUAUUUGUAGCAAAUUAGUCAUUCUGGGUAAAGUUGUUGGUGAUGGAGGGGAGUCCCCAUUACCUGUAAAGCACUUUGAGUGGAGUGUCCAGAAAAGCGCUGUAUAAGUG